AGCCCUUCCCGGGCCCUGGCGGGGAGCCGGGAUGUCUACUCCGCACGCGCGCCCAGCUCCACGACGGCCCCGCCCCUGGUCCUCCUGGGCCCGCCCCCGCCCCGCCCCUGGGGCGGAGCUAAGCGCGGCUUCCGCCGGAAGUCCGGGAUCCUACGGGAAGCCGUACCCUGCCGCUCGGGGCAGGGUGGUGCUGCUCCCUCCUCCCGUGCCCUGUCGCUUCCGUGUCCCCCGCGCCCCAGUUUAGAUGUUCACGCCCCACUCUACACAGCCCUGGUGUCACCCCGCACCCCAGUUCCUGCUGCACAUCCCUGCACAGCCUGACGCUGGGAAAGGAGCCCGGGGCCCGCCCGGGCCCGCCCUGGCCCAGGGAGGCCCAGGGGUGUUCCCGCCCGCCUUUCCGGCCCCAUCACUCUCCUGCCUGCCCCCCGUGCGCCCCCCGCCACCCCGGCCAUGGCCCAGAAGCCGAAGGUAGACCCCCACGUCGGGCGGCUGGGCUACCUGCAGGCGCUGGUCACGGAAUUCCAGGAGACGGAGAGCCAAGACGCCAAGGAGCAAGUCCUGGCCAACCUCGCCAACUUCGCCUACGACCCCAGCAACUACCCGUAUCUGCGGCAGCUGCAGGUCCUGGACUUAUUCCUCGACUCGCUGUCGGAGGAGAAUGAGACCCUGGUGGAGUUUGCUAUCGGGUUUAUAGGAAUCUCCCUCCAUUCCUGUCUCUUCCACAGUCCUCCCCUCACAGAGAACCAGCAAAUGAGGCCUCUGCAACCUGUGCGCGGACCGGGCCAACAAGGAGCACAUCCUGCAGGCGGGGGGCGGCCCGCUCAUCAUCAACUGCCUGUCCAGCCCCAACGAGGAGACGGUGCUGUCCGCCGUCACCACCAUCAUGUACCUGAGCGCGCCGGGCCCCGGCCGCCACCCCGAGCUGAGCUCCGCGCCCGUGGUGCAGUGCAUGCUGCGCUUCUCCCUCUCCGCCAACGCCAGGCUCCGCAACCUGGCCCAGGUCUUCCUGGAGGACUUCUGCUCCCCGAGCCAGGUGGCCGAGGCCCGCCGAUGGCCGGCCCACUCCGCCCUGGGCAUCCCCCUGCCCCGGACCGAGGCCCCGCAGCAGCCCUGACCCACCCACCCCCCCCCGGAGACCGGCCCGGGGGCCUGGCGGGGCUGGGAGCGGGACAGCGUGGCUCCCCUGCGCGUUUCCCCCCAGCUGGUGCCCUGGCAGCCAUUUCUAAGGCGAGUUCCUCAGCCUGGCGAGCCUGGCACAGGAGCAGGCGCUGGGAGAGGAGCUGAGGAAGGCAGGCCGAGAUGUGGAGAAGGAAGCCAAAGGCGCUGUCCUCAGCCAGGGGCCUGCCGCUGCCCACCCCCUGCCAGGCUCCCUCCUGGAAGGCGCCCCCCUGGGCCCGGGGUCCAGGGCUCUUGCAGACGGUGGUUCUCCCAAGAGCAGCUGGGCCCGGGCCUGGGGAAACUGCCUGCACCUGAGGAGGGAGCCGGGCCCUCACAGAGGGUCUGGAGUCAUUCUGAGGAACAGGAAUGAGGAGCCUUGUUAAAACCGGAGCUGGGCGUGGGGCAGAGUGAAUGCUGGCCCAGAAGUAACCGUGUGUCCACACAGGCCUGUGUGCCGGGCUCCAUGGGAGGGCUUCCAGGAUGAAGACGGCCCUGCCCUUAUUAACGUGACCAUCAGGCAUCCAGGCCCAGGCCCUGAGCGUGAUGACAUCGGAAUACAGGCACAAACCCUUGUACUGCGUCUUAUUUCACACACACACACACCCGUGGUUCUUGUCCCUGGAAAUGCAUCUCAGGAGGCCUUGGGGAUGCAGGCAGAGGUGCUCAGGGUGACAGAAGACCAGACACUGACCUAACGUGUGUGGCCCGUAGUCCAGUGCAUGCUGGCCAGCACAGGGGAGGCUGUGGGCACCCAUGGAAGGCUGGGGUUCAGGAGCAGUGGGGAGUCCUGGUCAUCUGUACUCCCUUAGUGACCAAGGGAAGGCAGCUGGAGAGGAAUGGCAUUGGGGGGGGGGGGGGCAGGUCCUGGGCCUCUGGAAAGGGGGGGCUCUAUCAGCCUCGUCCAACUGCAGCCCCCGGCGCCUGCGCUCCCCUUUCCCAAAUAAAGAGCCUGAACAGA